AUGGAGAAAUUCAUAGAAGAUGCCAAAAGACUGUUUGGUACUGAUAAUUUGUAUGAACUUCUUGGAUGUGAAAGAAAGAGUACUGAAUCCGAAAUUAAAAGGGCCUUUUACAAGAGCUCUCUUAAACAUCACCCGGAUAGGCACAUAGAAACUAAGAAAGCUUUAGCAACAGAACGAUUUCAGGUAAUUUCGCACGCUUUUGCUAUCCUCUCCGACAAAGAAUCCAGGGUCUUAUAUGACGAAUCUGGUGUAAUUGGCGAUGCCUACUCUGAAAAGUCAUUCGAGGACUGGCGCGAUUACUUCAAUCACAUUUUCCCUAAAUUUACUGAACAAGAUAUUGCAGAGGCAAAGAAAAAAUUUGUCGGUAGUAAGGGGGAAAAAAUUGAAAUCGCCAAGGCUUAUGAACGUUACAAAGGUGAUAUGGACAAAAUAAUGGAGACAGUUGUGUUUGCUGAAGUUUUUGAAGAAGACCGCAUCCGGAGUAUAAUACAGGAACUGAUUGAUAAGCGAGAAGUUCAGCCAUAUGACGCAUUCAUUAAGGAACCUGCUAAAAAAAGGGCACAGCGCUUAAAACGCGCUCAAAAAGAGGCAGCUGCUUUUGAAAGAAUGUCAAAACGAAAAAAGUCUGAUGAGAGUGAAGAAGCCUCUCUGCAAUCUCUUGUGAUGUCCAUUCAGAGUAACAUAGAGAAGCGGCAAGCAAUGGCUGAUAAAUUCAUCGAUCAGCUCGCUGCUAAAUAUGGAGAGCAACAGAAAAAGAAAUGCCAUGCCCGGAAAAGGAAAACGAGCAAGUAA